ACUUGUAAACAGAAUGCGUGGUGUACCUUUUAGAGCAAUACACAAAUAUUCAAAAGACUGGUAAUCACCAAGUAACACUUGCUUGCAUUGAAAGGCAUCUUUGAAUAAAGCAGCUAUUCCUCCACCUCUUCUAACAGCUCUACAGACACUUAUAAAAGUAUAGUUGGGUGGGGCUGAUUCUUUAGCCGUGUUUGCACUAUCGCGCCUCAAGCGGGCAUGCUAGUGCCUGCCGCGGCUGUCGCGUUUGCAUUGUAACUUCCGGGGCAUGAUCGUGCUUCGCGGGUGCUUCGCUGGGGCUUAAGGCCCGGCUUUUCUGGCCCGCCGAAUACCUUGGGCCAGACAAGGCCAGGUAGGGCUUAAGGCGUGGUUAAGGUCAGAGGCGGAGUUUGUUUGAGUCAGGUAAAAGCGUCUGUGGCAAGAUUGUCAGUUUCAUAUGUCGCUAUCUUUACAUUUCAAUGAUGGAAAACCGACAGUACUGGUCUGCUGAACACACCAGAGCUCUUUUAACCAUAUGGGCAGAAGAUAAUGUGCAACGGCAGUUUGACGGAGUAUGCAGAAACGAGGAUGUAAUGAAAUAUAUCGUCGCCGAACUUGCAAAAAUAAACAUCCAACGCACCACGAGCCAGGUACGGGAGAAACUGAAAAAACUGCGGGCGCAAUAUAAAUCUGUUAAAAUACACAAUGGACGGAGCGGUGCACAGCGGAAAACCUUUCCAUGGUUUGAUUUAAUGGACGAAGUUCUGGGGCAUCGGCCAUCUGUUAGUGGAGAGACGACCCGUAAUUCGAUGCCAAGUACAGCCGAUACGACAGAGUUGUCUUCCCAGAUUGAUCUUUUUGACUCGGAGGUUGAGUCUGGACCGUCAACACCACCACUGCAAACGUCCACGCCUGAGAGAAACGAAGCUGUAGUGGAGGUGUCAGGAAUCAGAGGAGGAUCACAUCAUAUUCCAGAUCGAACCAGACCAGAGACUCGGAAGCGAAAGGCAGCGAUGACAGCCUCCAGGGAAUUUAUCCAAAGUUUGCAGGACAUGUCCCAACGCCAGGCGGAGGAAGAGCGAGAUCUGAGGCUACAAUGUACAAAUGAAGAAUUAAAGAUGCGUAGAGAAGAGAUGGAGGUUGAUGCACAACUUCGGCGUGAGGAGAUGGCACGAAGGCAGAAAGACUCUGAGGCGUUUGCUCUUGUCCUUGCGAAUUUGGCUGCAGCACUGCUCCAGAAGUAAAGCAACAUAUUUCUGGAGUUGGACAUUGUUUUAGCAAUUACUUAUUUUUAUUUUUUUCAAAGCAUCUUCAUUUUGUGUUGUUAAAGCCCAUUUUUAAUGUAAAUAUUUUGUUUUGACUUGGCUCUUUGUAAAGCACCUACCUUAUGUUUGUGAUUUUGUUUAUGGCAUCUUGUCAGUUUUCCUUGCACUAAAUGAUACAU